AUGAAGCUUGAUAACUACCAAGGUAACAUGGGCAAUCAUUUAAUUUGACACAGGAUGGACUCCAAGCACAUAGAACUGCUUGUGUCAAACUCUGACAGCUGCAAUCGCAGGUCUUCUGGGAUUGUAAGACAAUUUUCCUCAAAACAGCUGUUAAUUGGUUGGUUUGAGGAAUAAUGGCACUCUAAAGGCUGUGACAUGGCUGCUCCUUCCCCCUUUCUCAUAGAUGGCCUUAGAAUACAGUAUACCUGAGUAUACUCUCUAGGAGGGGUGACAAUAAUUUUAGAUGCUUUAUAUUAUAGACACUCUAUCAGGACAAGCUAUUGCCAUGUGAGUAGUUCCAGCCUUCAUAGUUGAUAAGGAAUUUUUACUGUACCUGUUACAAACUAAAAAUCACCAGACAAGUAUGGGUUAUGGUUUAAAUUUUUUUCAGGUCAAAGAAAAUACUUCGAACCAGAUCAAUCUGCACUUUCUUUUGUCAACGAUAUAUUACAGUAAUCAUUAACAAAUGAACCUACAUGAACCUGUCAAACAAGAUUGAAUUUAUUCUGACCUGAAAAUCAUUUUGAACUACAACAAAUACAUUGCUUGUAUAACCUGAGUAUCUUAGAUUUUGAAGUUAGAAUAAAUUCUUUUUUUUUUUCAAUAUUAUUUUCAAUAUUAUAUACAGCUGCAGCAACAGAUGCAUCUUCAGCAGCAAGUCUACAACCAGACAACUCUAAGGCACACACACGGAAAGGGUAAGGACAGAUCUCAUUUGGCACCACUUGAAAUUAGCCCUUUUAGUACUGCACCUAAAUUGUGUAAUACAUAGUUACAUGUAUGCACCAUUCACCAAGCGUAAAGUCAUGAUGGCUGCAUUUUUGUCAAGUUCUUCUGGUGCAUUUUUAUGGACCAAGUUGGAGUCAAGAUCCAUUAAAAGGCGAAAAAGGGAACAAGACUAACAUAUAGCCCUCUUGACUUAACAAGCUUGUUCAAUAAAGUAUUUAUUAUAAAGUUUGUUUUGAGCUCUAGAAAGAAGGCAAACUGUCAUGACACAAUGACUUGUUGAAUUCAAUUCAAUUUGUUAUAUUGAAAAAUGAUCUUAUUUGAUAGGUGUUUAUGCAUCUCUAUUGCUGACAUUGUCCAAAAAUUAUGAAUGUUUUAAGUUGAUGUUUUUGAUCCUCAUUAUGACUAAAACACAUAAAAAAUUGAAAUUAGAUAAAAAUAAUUAUAUUGUGAUCACCCAAUUUAUUACUGUUGUUAAUUCUCAGAGUGGCGCUGUUUCACCUUGAGGAUUUCAGAGCUGCCAGAGAGGCUUUUUCAGAUGCAUUAAAACUUGACAGUAAGCCAAAUGAACUUGUUUCACUUCUUAAAUAAACAUACAGUAUGUUUUUAAUCAAAGAAGUGUUGAUAUACUUCAAAACCACAAUGACUCUGUUUCUGUCACUUGUUUGCAGACGAAAACAAAGAGCUAAAAAUGUGGAUUAGAAAGUGUGAUGCUGAAUUGGACUGUAAGUUUAUAUCAAAUGAUAGUUAUGUUCAUCAUGUCUCAUAAUUUAUUAUCAUCAUUAUUACACCAACUUUAACCUUAAGGGAAAAUGGAAAAAUGAUCAAGAUAUUGGGAGUUCAAGUUGAGCAAGAGGAAAACAAAGGACCAAAAAUAAUACACAACAAUGUAGAUUUAAAUCACAUUUAAUAAAAGAAAAGUUGAGAGAAAAAUAGAACUAUAAAUUACUGUAGAAAUCAGAAUUAAACCUAACUGUUUGCUUCAAUUUGUCACAUAUUAAUUUUUAUGAAUGUGGUUCUAAGGCAAAAUUAUAGAGAGAGUGAUGGGAAGGGAAAUGAAAAAAACUUCCUUAAGCUGGGGGAGCUUUGAGUCAUGGAGGGUUUGAGUUAAUGAGGGUAAAUUGCACUGAAAUGUAUGACAGAAAUUGAGAAGAAAUUGAUUUUUAGUUCGAGUAAGCCCAAGAUUUGAGUUCUGGAGGGUGUGAGUCAUUAGAAUUUCGAGUGUGGACAUAUGAUCUGAACUGAGUGGUGGCAGAAUUGAAGAUUUUAAUGCUUUUUUUUACUUUACUGUCUAAAUAAAGACACACUUUGUUUUUUAUUGUUUAAUUAGUGGCAGAAAAUGAAGCAAAACAGGAUGAAAACUCUCCUGAUACGGUAUGGUACAUAAUCUUGCAAUGAAGAACACAGGUUAAAACAUCAUAGAGAAAUUGAUAUCAAUAUUCUUUCUACAUGUACUGGCAUUAUUUAUAUUUUACCCACAUGUAACUGAAUUAACCAAAGACUUAUUGACGCAAAGAAAUGGCAAGAAAUCAGUACAAGUGAUAGUAUAGUCUGAUUGUCUUGUUGAGUGUAGUCCUGAGAAGGACUGUUGUUGGUAGUGCUGACUGACAUUUUGACAACCUGAGUGGAAGUCAUCAGAGUUAAGUGAAUAGUUGUUGUCAGUUCAAAUGUACCACAUGUUACUCCUGGGUACAAACCAUUUUACUGUAAAUCAAAGCAAGUCUUUACACUUGAUCUAAAUGUUGAAAAGGCCAAUGAAAAUAAUGAAAGGACAUAUUUUUCUGUUUCUUGGAAUAGUAGUUUAAUUACUGGUAGUUCUAUACUGUAUACCCCUAAGUUCACCAUACUCAUAGUUUCACUUGUCUAUUUUUUGUCUAUUAAUUUGUCUAUUUGCAUUGGAAUCUGUUAUAUUUAAACUGUACAUUUUAGGUUAUGGUGGGCAUGGCUAGAGGGGAAGAUUCACAACUGAUACAAAAAGAUGACAAUCACAAAAAGGCUGAGACAGCAGGCAAAGCUAACCAACAGCCUCCAGUUGUCAAGCCUGCAGCUUCUGAUGGUCAUGCAGCGUCUGUGACAGGACAGCCUUCAUCAGUUUUGGCUGCCAUUGACGGGCAAUCUAAUCAAGAACAACCUCAGCAACAGAACACAGUUUCAAAACCGAGGUAAGUUGUUGAAGUUCAGGUAUCCAACAUUUGGGUUAACGAAAACCAUGUUUGGGUUCGAUUGUCAAUAACUUCCUGUUCUGCAUGGUAAUAAUAGGACCUACAAUUUUUGACCAAUUAGAAUACUGUAUUUGGAAACAAAAGUAAUCUUGCAGGCUCUCACUUUUCAGUACCAGACUUCUUACAGAUCUCUUGUUCCUUCGAAUCUUAUGAGCUUUGCUACUUGCGGAGGAGUGCAAAAUUGGGAGUCAGCUCAUAGGUUAAAUAAAAAUCAAUUCAUUGUGGUGGUGGAAUAAUCCCUGAUUAAUUAAUACCUGAAAGUAGGUUCAAAAUAAGUGAAUUCAAUCAUUAAUUCAAGUGUGAAAUUACAAAAUAAAUUUGUUUCAAAUUAAUAUUAAUUCAUUUUCUACUAAUGGAUCUCACUGACAUUAUUUUGUUUUAGAUAUGAUUGGUAUCAAACAGAAACACACGUUAUUGUAACUUUGAUGAUCAAGAAUGUAAAACAGGAGAAUGUGAAUGUGGAAUAUGGUGACAAAACAGUAAGAGACAUCACUCUUCUUCUCAAGCUAUUUUACUCUUGAUUUAAUUUAGUUUCUUUGCUAGUGAAGCUAUGAAAGAUUUGCAGCAAAUGAAUUCUUAAUGAGAGUAUUGUACAUCAUCAGUUGAAUAAUCAUGUUUAUUUGAAUUUCUACUCAACACAUCACAAAAGAUGACAAGAAAUCAGCUUGCUGGUGGAAAAUUGAAGGCCUCAUUUGACCCUCUAGUAAAUUGUAGAGAAAACUUCAUUGAUAUGUAAAUUACAUGUAGUACAGGAAAUUUUAGUAGCCACAUUGGCCUAAUGAUAAAUGAGCUAAAAUUUGAUGUUGUGUUCUUGAAUCUUUUUCUACUCUUUAAAAGCUUCUCUCCAUGACCACAUAAUCAUAUACAUGUGGAUAGGGCUUUCAUGUAGAGACAUUAAGGCAGGAAAGUAUUGUAAAGAAACAAGAGAAUGCACUACAUACACAUUUACACAACAGCUUUAUGUCUCAGUCAAAAGAUAGCUCAGACCAACAAAAAUUUGGUUGGAGAAUUCUUCAUAAAAGCUAGAGAAUUCUCCCAUUUGGAGUGCAUAGGGAACAACACUGAAUAAUGAGCACUGCUAAAUUGUCUUGGAAUGAUCAGACAGAAUGCAAGGGGGAAUAAGUUGCAGUGCACUACAUGUACUGUUGCAUCCCACCAUAGCUGUUACUUGGUAAUAAAACCUUUCAGUCAGAGCACUUAGUUGAAACACUGGAUUUGAUUUGUUAUAGUUGAGUGCUACAGUGAAGCUUCCAAGCGGCAGUGACUUCAGCUUAGAACUGGAUCUUGCUCAUGUAAUCAAUCCAGCACAGUGCAAAACAAGAAUCAUGUCGACAAAGGUAAAAACUGUCAAUUUUUUCUUUUUCUAAUUCAUGUUCCCAAACAAGUUAGAGAGUUAAUGAACUAAGACAUACCAUCAGUACAGUGGGAUUGUCACAGUUUGCAAAGACUAGCGUUAAAAAAAAAAACAAAAAACUUUGCUUAAAAUUUUCAACGCAGUCAAGCGGUGACCAUGUAUACUUACAGUACAUACUUGUUCUAAAGUUUGUUUUAAAUAUUUGGGUAUGCAAAACAAGACGAAAGUUGAUCAAAUCCUGAAAAAAGGCUGGUUGACAUUCAGAAUUUUGAAGAAUUCAGGAUUAUUGUGAGUGGGUUGAGUAUUAAUUUGCUGCCACUUUAAGUUUUUAGGUCCAUGGAAGGGAAUGCAGGGGGGACAGCCAGGGAAUAUUUUUAUUUUGUUUUAUUUUUAAGAUGCUUGAACUGCCUUACAGGUUGAACUAAAGAUGAAAAAAACUGAGGGAAUGAGAUGGUCAUCUCUUGAGGCUGCUGAUGAAACUGUCUGCAAACCAUUUCCAACAAAAAGUAUGUGCAACACUGACUUACAUACCUUUAGGUUGUGGAGCUUAACCUAGUAACUGUACCUUACCAUCUGUCAACUUUUUGCACAUUGAAGGUACAGGUAACUCAGUGGCAUUUGCCACAGCUCAAAAAGUAGGCUUUUUGAGUGUCUCACUCAUGGAGCUCCUGCGGGACAUUGAAGUCACUCCAAGAACUCCCUAAAGUGCUCUCAAAUCACUUUUUUUUUUCACUGAUUUUUUUCGACAAGCAUGACAGACUUUGCCAAAAAGAAGGGAUUUGUAGUUUAUAAUGUGUCUAGCCCAUGAACACAGUACAAAAUAAAUAUCAGGUAGCAGAACCAGUCUCCCAGCACUUUUUACCUCUAGCUGCGAUUGUUCUUGGUUUUUCUUCAGCAUGAGCAACACAGUUAAUAGGUGAAAGUGAAAUGUGAUCAUCGCAGUAAAUUUUCCAAUUUAAGCAAUUGGAAAGAAGAAGCCUGAAAAAAAUCAGGACUUCAACGGGAUUCGAACCCGUGACCUCCGUGAUACCGGUGCGAUGCUCUACCAACUGAGCUAUGAAGCCACACAUUGGGAGCGAGGUCAAUUUAUUGAGUUCAUAUCUUCCCGUGCAGUGAAAUGAUGUGAAGUUUAUAUGAAAUAAUUCAUAUAUAUAACACAUAUGAAUUAUUUCAUAUAAACUUCACAACAGUUAAUAGGGUUGCCUUGUGCAGACCAUGACUUGUGAACCCUUUAACCCCAAUGAGUGACAAGCAUCUAAUUUCUCCUGACAAUAUCACUACUGAAUCACACUUUAAUGCAAUGAGAAUAAACUAAAUGAUCAGCUAAAGAAACUCUUGAUUGUUAGACAAAUUCUCCUUGUCAGCACCUUAGUAAAUGUACAGAGAACAGUAUGGAGAAUAUGAACACUGAUGUUAAGGUGGAAAGGGCUAACAUUCCCAAAGUGGCAAUAGUUUGCUUGCAAAGUUUAAAGCAAGUUAUUGGAAUAAUAACUUCUUAUAUGUUUCCUGUUGACAUUGACGAUGUAAAGUACUUUGUCUAUUGUAGAUGAAACAAAAGACCCUGGUGAUGCAGUGCAUAAAUAUCCCACUUCACGGCAUGUUGGAAAAGAUUGGGAUAAAGUUGCAGCAGAGAUCGCCAAGGAGGAGAAAGAGGAAAAACUUGAAGGUGAAGCUGCUUUAAAUCAGCUAUUCCAACAAAUUUAUGGUGAUGGUAGUGAGGAAGUGCGGAAAGCAAUGAACAAGUCGUUUGUUGAAUCUGGUGGAACAGUUUUGAGUACCAACUGGGAUGAAGUCAGAAAAGGGCAUGUGGAUUGUAAACCUCCAGAUGGAAUGGAAUAUAAAAAAUGGGACAGUUAGACUGCAUGGACAAUGAGUUCAUCAUGCAGUUCUUGUAUCCAUCAUCUGACACUGGGAAAAACUUCAUAUCUUUGUACUGAUGUACUCUGUACCAUUUAGAACUGAAGAAAAAGGCUGUCUUUUAUUUGUUGCUUGAGGAUGAGAAUGGCUUAUUUCUAAUUUCUUUUCAAAUUGGUACAAGUGGACAAGAUAUAGAUAGAAAACUGUAGAGUGCUCCAAGCUGUGACUAUUUUGGUGGCCUUGGUGACUAGAAGAACAUUUUGGCUACUAAAUUUGCAGCAUAAUUCAUCAAUUUUGCAGAUUGUGUUUGGCAGUCUAACUGAGACAGUCAAACACUUAAGAUCAAUAAAUUGCUGUGUAGUUUUUAUUAACUACCCUGUUUGCUCAGAGUUGUAGUAUCAUGAUCUUCUUAGAAUGCAUGUGUUAAUAAAUUUCUUAUGCAUUUUCAAGAUCUGGUGGUCACUGUUGUCAAACUCUUAUGAAUUGGAGAGGUGCAUGGAGUAAAGUUAUGUUGCGACUGAUAGACUUCUAAAUUGUAUGCUAAAAAACUCAUAUUUAUUGUUAAAACACAAAGGGAAUUUGAUGUUGCAUCAAAAGCCAUUCAGGUUUAAAUUCAAGCACCUCUUCCAUUUUCUCAUUGCAUGUAUUUGAAGCACUGUAUAUAUUUUCAUACAAAAACAGCAAACACACACUGUGUACAAUUGCUGUGGUUCACAGUCCAGCAUGUGUUCAAGGUCUUAGUCAGUGGAGAUGAUUGAAAAAGCACAAUGUAGACGAGAGUCAUAUAUAAGUGUGUUCUUUCCAAUACUUAGCCAUUCGUAGCUUAUCAAAUUUUUCUUUAUCAUCUUGAUUGUGAGCUCAAACAGUUUACAGUGUCAGUGCUUCCAUAAGCUGUAGCUAAUUUGUUUGGAACAUUGCACCAAGAUUGUGCAAGUAUCAGGUUUAAGUUUAGGCUUCUUUUAGAUGAUAAAAAUUUCCAAGAGCUUCCUUUUCCUAGUUUGCCUCCUCAUAAGUAAUGUUAACACGGGAGUUACUGAACAAGUAAAGCUCUUCAAAAAUAUUGCCACUCUUUGCUAUUCCAAGUGAACUACAUCAACAUUAAGUUAAAAUUUUUGUAGUUUUUUAUUUUUUUUACUUCGGUCAAUAUCUUACAUGGGAAUAGCUGGUACCAGUUUAAAUGAAAGAAGAAAUAUUUCACCUACAUAGAGUACGUUCUUAGGCAUCGGACAUGCAUAGAACAUAAUUGUAUUAAAAAUGA